AUGGUGAUGGGAGCCGCAAUGCACUACUGCAAAGCCAUCCCAACGCGAAUCUGGCGGUACGUCAAGACUCGAUUCAUCCUCGAACUUGACGUACCCGACCGAGAAGAAGCAUACCAGUGGAUCAACCAUUGGCUGGCUGAGCAGCCGUACAGCCUCAAUCGCGCACGAUUGCUCACGGUCGUGACCGGUAAGACACGCCGGCGAGACCCUGAUGAAGAAUCAGCCAAGUUCAUCUUGUGUCCUGCACCCGGCAAUCACUGGUUCUUCUACAAGAAUCGCCUUGUCCGCCUGUUUCGGGAACGCAAGGAUGAUGCCGGUGAGGGCAAAAUAACGAUGGGGAUUCGAGAGAACUUUACCAUUCAGAUGUUCUCCCGUAACCGAGAGUUGGUGAAAGAGUUGCUUUUGGAGGCCCGCGAAUCUUUCCACCCUUCCAAGAAGAGCCAUACCAAAGUCUACGUCAACAGUCACUACGACUGGGACCUGGCUGCGAAGAAGCGGAAACGUCCGAUUGACUCCAUCAUUCUGCCGAACGGACUGAUGGAGGAAUUGAUCGGUCGCGUGCAACGAUUCAAGGAUCAAGAGAGUUGGUAUCACGAUUGCGGGAUUCCCUAUCGAUUGGGCAUUCUGCUUGAAGGUCCUCCAGGCUCAGGCAAAAGCAGUGUGGUAUCAGGGCUUGCGUCACACUUCGACAUGGACGUGGCUACUUUGAACUUGGCUUCGGGCUUCAUGGAGGAUGCCAACCUCCAGUCGCUUCUCACCAACCUCCCACACAACUCCAUCCUGCUGAUCGAAGACAUUGAUUGUGUCUUCCAUGCCCGUGAGAAGAAGGAAAAGUCUGGGGCUGGAGUAACCUUCAGUGGGUUGUUAAACGCAAUCGACGGUAUUUCCGCGGGUGAGAAGCGCAUCCUCGUGAUGACGACCAACCACCCCGAGAAACUCGACCCGGCACUCAUUCGGCCGGGGCGGGCUGAUAUCCGGUAUCGCAUCGAUCACCCAUCUCACGAACAAGUCAGCCGCCUCUACGAGCGAUUCUAUGGUAGUAGCGGCAAUGAGUUCGCUAGUGCCAUCAAGCACUUCGAUCGCACCAGCAUGGCUGCCCUGCAAGGACACUUCACCCGGUACAAGGACCGACCCAAGAAAGCGUUAAAACGAGUGAAUGAGGUCUACCAUGAAUUCGACUGCGUAUUCGCAGACCCGCCCGAUGGAAUCGGCCUCGCUUACGACGAGUUCAAUGACAAGAUUUCGGAAGCUGAUUACCGAGUAUUACUCGCAAGGUGGUUGGAGCGUUUCUGUGAACUCGCGCCGACUGUGUGGAUCAGUUUCAACGCACGCUGGACAGCGAUCUUUGGUGGGAUCGUUGACGAGUUCCUGACAUUGAACCCUGAUUGGGAUUUCAAGCCAUUCGUUCAAGUCUUCACAUUCGGACAGAACUGCAAGACUGACUCGGGGAACGGCCAUCGACCACUCUGGCGAUUCAUGCACAAGCAUGCACCCCUCUACCCCGACGCCAUUAAGGUGCCUUCGUGGCGUGAACUAAACGGCGAUCCGCGGGCGGCCAAAGGUGGUCGAGUCCCGCUCGACUUCUGGGACUUCCCUCGGGUAACCGGCAACUCCAAACAGCGUCGGAAGUGGCACAAGACACAACUCAACGAGGGCCUUGUAGAACGUGCCCUCAAGAUGACCACCAAGGAAGGUGACAGGGUUCUCGACCCGUUCGGCGGGACAGGCACGACUAUGCGUGUCUGCAAACGCAUCAAACGCCAAUGCACGCUGAUUGAGAUCAGCAGUGGUUACUGCGACCACAUCGCGGAAGAACACGGGUUAAAGGUCCGCCUGUUCGAUGCCGCUGGCCGGCAAUGGAAGCAAGGCGAAGUCAAGAACUUCCCUCGCAAGCGUCUGCUGGGUUGGGACCUUCUCUACCGAAGCGCUGCAAGACCUUCUCACAAUUCUUUCCGGGCCAAUCGCCCACCUAUUCGCACCCAAACUGGAGAAAGCAGCAUGAUCCAUGACUUCAUGGGCCGUGAAAUCAAGGCCAACGACACGAUCGUCUACCCCGUCCGCCGUGGUUCCGAGAUGUGGAUGUGUGAAAUGCGAGUGACGCAAGUCACCAAAGACUACAUCAAGGGCUACAACCCCACCGGCCGCAUCAACACGAUUCGCAACCUCAAAAACGUCGUGAAGGUUGAGCGGUCCCCGAUGACUUCCGACUUCGAUCUGUUCUUGGCUGGAGUGCUGGUCGGUGUGUUACUCGGCGUAGCGAUCAUGCAAAUGUUCAGCGGUCACUCUGAGUCAAAGGAAGAGCAACCAGAGUCACCGCACGAGUCCGGCUUCGUGGAGUGCUUUAUCUGCACCCACAGGUUCAACCAGUCGAGACCAGACACUCCGAAGGUGACGUCGUAUGAGCAACGAUCGCUACCAAUUCCAGCCCUGGUACAUCAAGACCUACCGCUGGCUUCGUUGGCGUCCAGUGUUCGCACUGAAAUUCCUGUGAAGAUUCGAGGGCAGCACGCCAAGACGGCUAAGACCUGGUUCUCCGAGUGCGGGCACUACCGCAUCACUUGGAAGUCCGAGGUUGAGGGCGUGCAAAUCAUUCCGUGUUACCACGCAUGCGUGAGAGUAGUAGGAGAACGCUGGGAUUUCGUGGGCCGCAGGGGUACUUACCGAACGUUGAACGCUGCCAAGAGUGCUUGCGAAAAGCAUUUCAAGGUUUGGGGCGACUGUCUGAGUCGCGCAGCGGGUCCGUACAAGGGCCGGGCCGACGCAAUACGAGCGAUGGCACUGAAGUCACGAGCCGGAAAGGGCGUCGAAACAUCUACGAUGUUGGCUAACCUCCCUGUGUGGGUUGAGGCUGAGGCCGACUCUGAAGUCUUGGAGACAGUGAAAGAAAUCUUAUGGCCCCAAAAGAACCGAAAUGGCCGUGGCGUGACCUCGAAGACUUCCGAAUCGGAGUCUUCGACUACAAGUCCAACUACCGAAGGCUCAACCCAGACGUCUGGCCCUGCCUACGAUGCGGAGCCCACGGAUACACCACCAACAAUCAACUCAGCUUCUGCUACUGCCCUGAGUGCCGAAUCCCAGGAAAGGAUCGAUGCACCGGUGAAGGCACCAAAGAAGCGUGCGAAGCGGAGUACAACCGCCGGCUCAAAGCGUACGAAGAAACGAAAGAAGACUACGAAAAACUAG